AUGAGUGCAAUCACCAAGAUUCUCGGGCUAUCGGCCUACACGGCUCUCGUAGCAAUCUCCCUCCCGUACAUCCAACAACACAACAUCCCCUCCCAGCCCUACACCUGCCAAUCCCAAAACUACACCACGCAAAUCGUCUCCCUCGACCCCUUGGUAAUCUACAUCCACAGCUUCCUCUCCGAAGCAGACAUCACAUCCCUCCUCGAAGCAGGCGAGCCAGCCUUCAAACCCUCCUACGUCGUCAAGAACGGCAGAACGCAGGGAACGCCAGAUAGAACCUCCUGGUCCGCUGGUCUCCCUGCCCACGACGUCGCCGUGCAAUGCGUGCUCGCCAGGGCGGAAGGGUUCCUGGGCACGAUGAUGGCGCCCGGGCGGGACGAGAUUGGACCGCCUCAGUUGGUGCGGUAUACAAAGGGCCAGAGGUUCAACGUCCACCACGACUGGUACGAUGAUUUUCAACCUGAUGUCAGGACGGGACGGAGAAGGAAGUGGAACCGGGUGGCGAGCUUCUUUGCGAUUUUGGAGGAUGAGUGUACGGGUGGUGAGACGUGGUUUCCCAAGAUUGAGGCUGUUACGCCGCAGCAUCGGAGGGAGGAGGAUGAAGGGACUAUGUGGAGGAAGCAUAAUGAUGGUGGGAUCGCGUUUAAGCCUGUGAGGGGAAAUGCGGUGUUUUGGGUGAAUUUGCAUGGGAAUGGGACGGGGGAUGGGAGGGUUGUGCAUGCUGGGUUGCCUGUUGGGGAUGGGCUGAAGACUGCGAUGAAUAUUUGGCCGAGGAGGUAUCUUGGGCCUGAGGCUUGGAGGGAGGGAGAGGGGCCGGAGGAUGAAGGUGAGAGCGUUAUCGGGGCCGAGAAGGUGAAGGUUGAAGAGAAGGAGGAGGAGCUUGUUGUUGAUGAUGCGGAGGCUGAUCCCAUCUGA